GCCUCGCGCGGCGGCGUUCGCUCCCACCGGCGGGGUGGCCGCGUCAGUGCGGUACCUUCGCGCCGGCGCCAUCGCGAGCGCUGCGCCAGACGUGGACCGCUACUAUACAAAGGAGCGUGAGCCGGAGACCCGCGACUUUAUCAUGCAGCAGACGAUGCUGCGGGUCAAGGAUCCGGCGGCCUCGCUCGCCUUCUACUGCGAUGUGCUCGGCUUCAACCUCGUCACGCACCGCGAGUUCGAGCAGUGGGGAUUCAACGUCUACUUUGUGGCCCCCGUCGACCCAGCCAGCAUCCCGUCCGAUCCGGAGGAGCGCUUUGCCUUCUGCAUGCGCACGCCGGGCUGCAUCGAGCUGACAUGGAACUACGGCUCCGAGGGCGAGACAGGGCCGGUGUACAACGUCGGCAACGGGGACGCCACCGGCACGAAGGACGGCGAGGCGGUGCGUGGAGGCUUUGGCCACCUCGGCAUCACCGUGCCCGAUGUGUACGACGCGUGUGCGCGGUUCGCGGAGCUCGGGUGCGAGUUCACCAAGACGCCCAACUCUGGCGGCAUCAAGGGCCUCGCGUUUUUCAAGGACCCGGACGGGUACCUCAUCGAGGUGCUGCCGCAGGGCAGCCUCGUCACCAAGCCGGUGGAUCAUGCCGGCGUCCCGGUCGAGGGGGGAGGGUACGUCGACAACUCCAAGAAGAAGUGACUUCGCGGCGGCCGCGGACGUCUCGCAUGCAGCUGUGGCCUCCAGAGCCGGCCGCGUUGGCGCGGUGCCGGUGUGUAUUAUGGCGGCGCUCUCUCUCUUCUUGGCGUCUUCUCAGUUUAGGUUUGAAAGGCAACAGUC